CUCUCCGGUUCCCUGAGCACUCCCCACCUGCAGGAGAUGACGUCCACCCAGCUGGCCUGUGCCAACCCCUGCGAGGCCAAGUGUCCCCAGCCCUUGGCCAGCAGCAGCAACGAGCCCUGCGUGGUGACCUGCGGCGACUCGCGGGUCAUCAUCUACCCCCCGCCCGUCGUGGUCACCUUCCCGGGGCCCAUCCUCACCACCUACCCCCAGCAGACCGUCGUGGGAGCCUCGGAGCCCUCGGAGGUGGCCCUGGCGGAGCCGCCCGGCGCGGCCGCGCUGCCCGCGGAGCUCUCGGGCAGGUUGGAGGCGGCCGAGAAGGUCCCGGCCCAGGCGCUGGCCCGGCCCGAGCCCCGCUGUGCCCCGAAGUACUCCUACACCUACUCCUCCCAGUGGACUCACCCCUGCAAUUCCUACCGCUCCGGGAAGCGCUGGACUCACUGACCGUGGAAG